AUGACAGACCGACUGUCGCUACCACCAAAGUCCUUCAGAGCAUCGUUUCUACGCCCAAAGUCAUUCUUUCGACAAGCACCGCCACCAGCAAUCCGCACAAAUGCCACAACAUCCGAUAAUCUGCCGAUGCACUACAUCCCAUUCAUAUCAUCAUCAAAGUCCACGUCGAAUUUCUCGUCAGCGUCGAGUACACCGACACCUCUCGGAUCGUCUGCACUCAGCACGCCGGCAACGUUGCUCGGCACUCCAGACUUUCGCGAACCAAAGAUUCCGACAUCGCGGUUCCGGAGAACGUCGCUAGACCGCCUGCUGGAUUCAGGACAACUCGGGGGCAUCAGACCACGUCAGCUUGGCGCUCUUGAAAAGUUCCGAGUAUGGACGGUCAACCAAGGUGCCGCACACGUUGUUGUUGGCAUCUUCGCCGUUGUGCACGCUUUGCUUUUCUCCUUGGCGUUUCUGCACUACCACAAAAAGGACUACUACAACAACAAUCGACAACUGUUCGGUCUCACGUUUCAGCUUGCACGAGCGUCCGCUGAGGUGCUGUCCUUCGAUGUCGCACUCAUCCUACUUCCAAUGUGCAGAACGAUCCUCUCUUACCUACGUGAAAGCCCGCUCAACGGAAUUAUCCCAUUCGACAAGAACGUCACCUUUCACAAGCUCGUGGGGUACUCGCUCGUCCUGUUCUCUAUCGUGCACGUCGCUGCCCACUGGAACAACUUGUUGAAAUACGCCAGGUUCUAUGACGGUGGCUUCAAAGAAUGGUUGCAGCUCAACUUCCUUACUGGUCCAGGAUGGUCGGGCUAUCUCAUGAUUCUGAUACUCCUCAUCAUGCUGCUGACCGCCAUCGAUCGUUCCCGCAACGCCAACUACGAACGGUUCUGGUACACUCACCAUCUCUUCACGCUUUUCUUCGUCCUCUUUUCCAUACAUGGCUGCUUCUGCAUCCUCAAGAAAGACACCGGCGAAUGCGCCAGCACCGGAUCUUUCUACAAGUACUGGGUCUUCGGCGCAGUCCUGUAUCUUGCCGAGCGCAUCGCCCGUGAAGUCCGCGGCCGCCACAAGACCUUCAUCUCGAAAGUCAUCCAACACCCAGCCAACGUCGUCGAGAUCCAAAUGUUCAAAGAGAAAACCAAACUCAAACCCGGCCAAUACAUCUUCCUGAACGUCCCUGCCGUCAGCGCAUGGCAAUACCACCCCUUCACCAUCACCUCGGCCCCCGAAGAAGACCACCUCUCCAUCCACGUCCGCACCGUCGGCAACUUCACCAAAGAACUCGGCGAGAUUCUCGGCGCCAACGAAGAAGCCGAAAAGAAAACCCUUCCCUCCGGCCCGCAUCUCUCCGUGAAGCAAGAC